ACACAUUACAGAGAUAUAUGCAUAAUAUACAUAUCCGUUUCUUCUACGGGGAAAAAAAAGUUUAGCAAAGCGCGUGGGACCAACGCGCCGUCGGUAGCGCCGACGACAAAAACACACACAGAAGACUUAAAAGACUUAAUCAGCAAAGGAUUUCAAAAAAAAAAAAGAACCCAUAUUUGCUUCUCGCCGGAAAAAAUGGAAACGACGGUGUUCUCGACGUUACAACAGAGGAAAUCAUCUACGACGAAGAAACCGGCGAAGACGGCGAAGAAGAAGACGAAACCCAUCAAAGUCAGGUACAUAUCAAACCCAAUGAAGGUAGAGACUUGUGCCUCCAAGUUCAGAGAGCUUGUGCAGGAACUCACCGGCCAAGACGCCGUCGAUCUCCCGACGGAGCCGCUUAUUCUCCCGGCGGAGGACUAUUCUCCGGUCCCCGGCUCCGCCGAAACGGAAACUCCAGCCGCGGAGGCUGAGGACGACCAGGAGCCGUACGAUGGGGCGGAUCUCGUCCCGGACUACUUCGAGGCGUUGGAUGGUGACAUGUUCGUUCCUCACAUGCCGGAGAGUUUCUCUGGAUGUUUACAAACGGGGUUUUAUAAUGUGAAUGCGUUCGGAAGCAUCGACUCUGUGUAAUCCUUUGAAUUAGGGUUUCAUCAAUAAAACCUUUAUAUAUAUAUAUAGGUUUUAUAUCAUAUAUAUGAAGAACAUAUAACAAGAUCGUGUACAUUUUCAGAAUCUGCGUUUGUAUGUCUGUUUCUUUUUUUGUCUCGUGAACCUUUAUGCAAUGUAAUCGAUCAUGAUCUACAGCUAACAGAAUAAUAUGCAAUUUUCGGUCCAAUUAAUUA